AUGAGGAGGUUUUUGGUUCCUAGAACAAAUAUUGAGAAUGUGAAUGUUGUGCAAUCGGGAAUCGAAGGUCCAACGCAACCAGAUUUAGCAACAUUUCCUCGUACUAAAUUUGGGAAGUCUUCAAGAGCAUUUUGUAAAGCAUGUUAUAAGAAUUCUACAUGGAUUGAAUAUAGUGAGUCAAAGGAUGCAACUUUUGGUUUCUAUUUCUUUCUCUUUAAGCUUCCCGGAAGGGCCGAACACUUUGGUUAUAAAGUCUUCAACAAAGAUGGAUUUACAUAUUGGAAGCAUGCAUCUAAAUUCUUUAAAGAUCAUAUUGGUAGUCAUGAUAGUAAGCACAACUCAUGUAUGAAGCACUAUGAAGAUUAUAAUAAUCAAAGACAAAGUGUGACAAGUAUCUUUGUUAGAGCAACUAGUGAAUCCGAAGAAUUGUAUAACAUUCGUUUGACUUGUUCUUUAUAUUGUACUAGAUAUCUCAUAGCACAAGGCAUUGCUUUCUGUAACCAUGAUGAAAGCUCUACUUCUCUAAACAAGGGCAAUUUUAGAGAGAUAGUGGAUUGGAUAAAAUUUAAUGAUGAAAAAGUGAGAGAUGCUUUUGGCUGUGGUCCAAAUAAUUGCACAAUGAAUUCCGGUGACAUUCAAAAGGAGCUUGCAACGUGUUGUGCAUAUGAAGUUACCAAGGUUAUUAUGGUGGAACUUGGUGAUAGACAAUUAUUUGUGCUUAUUCACGAGUCACAUGAUAUAUCUGUCAAAGAGAAAAUGGCGGUGAUGUUGAGGUUAGUAGUUGUAUUUUCCAAUUUCUAUUACAUAUUAUUCUCUAUGCCUCCAUAUAACAUUAUUGAAACUACUACAAUUAUUAACUUAAACUUGUAUAUUUCUAAUUUCUUGAACGACAAAGGGAAGGUUGUGGAAUGA